AUGAAGGGAGGCCCAGUGGAUGCCAUGGGACACCGGAGGAAGGCAGCUGCUGCCGAGGGGCGUGGGCAGGGCCGGGACGCAGGGGGACGGUCACUGUCAGUCCUGCCUGGUGGUCGCGUCCCUGAGCUCAGCGUCCCGCCGCCCCGGGUGUCCCCGCCCGCGCGCGCCCGUUGGGGGGCCCGGGGUGCGGCGCCGGCCGCCCGGCCGCAUUGUGACGUAGCGGGGCCGCGGCAGCGCCUCCGCCGCCCGCCGGCUCUCCUGCGCCCGCCGCUCUCGCCGUCUGUCCGUCCAUCCCUCCCGCCGUCCUCCCGCGCUCUGGUGAGUCCAGGUCCCAACCGCGGGCGCCGCAGGGAGGAGAGGGACGCGGGCAGCCUGUGCAACUUUGCACCGGGCGACACCCUGAGGGUUCUCGGGACCCCGGGGGCCCCCUUUGUGCCUCGGGUCCCUUCUGCUCGGGGCCGCGCGGUGCCGCUGCAGAGAGCCACAAGAGGAGAUCGCUGUGGUAACCCGGGCAGCUUCACCCCGGGGGACCCAAGUCGCUCUCGCCUGGCUCUGGUGCAGGGAUUGUUCUUUUCAUUGGCCCUUGCGCUGGCGUUACGCUUGCUGCUACCUCGGAUGGUCCCGGAGGCGGGGAUGGGUUGUGCCGAGGCUCCUAGGAGCUGCCAGGGAGGGGCGAAGGCAUGGUGAUAGCUACAUUAGUAACCAGAACAAUAACAAACGUGAAGGGGUUGCGGUGUAGUGUCGCUACCCUAGGAGAGCCCCUGGCCCAUCAUCCCCGCGGCGCCUAGGCUGCCCGUCCAGCCUCGGCUCCUCCUCCCGGCGCUGUCCGGUUUCCCGGGAUUGUCCAUGUCUUAGGGAAGGCUUCUUUCCGGACCUUCUCAGUUGGCCGUGACUUUCAUCUG